AUGAAUGGUCAUGAUCGCCCGAGGGGACCUCUAGGAGAUCCUGUACCUCAAAGAGAUCCUCGCCGGCGCGCUGAGAGUCGCGCUGGUGGGCAUGGGGGGCCCGGUGACGGAGCGUCAAGGGCCGAGAAAUUCGAGGACGAAAAGCGGAGGAUUGUUCAAAGUUGCUUUUCAAAGAAGGAUAGCGAUGGUGCCUUGGUCGAGUCCUACAUUACACACGUACGGAUCAUGGAAGAUGGCGCUUAUCCUUCGUCCCCGCCCCCGCCUAAUUCUUCCCCUGAAAACAAGAAGGCGAGAGUCAUAAUCGUCGCUGUGAGACGGUCCGGAAGGGUACGCAUGCACAAAGCUAGGGAGAACAAUGACGGCUCUUUCUCAAUUGGCAAAACAUGGAUGCUGGAUGACCUCUCCGCCAUUAAAUCAUAUAAUGCGAUCGUGCCGUCUAGCCCUCAGGAGGAACUGCAAAAACAAUGGGCAUCGAACGUUGGCUUUCUGGUAACUGUGGGAAAGCCUUACUACUGGCACGCCAAAUCCCCGAAAGAGAAGGAUUUCUUUAUUGGCAGUUUGGUGAAAAUCUAUAAAAAAUAUACCGGCGGCAAAAUGCCGGAUCUUAUAGGCUUUGAUGAGCGUGAGCUCCAGCUUCUUCUGGGACCGCACUAUUCUGGCGGAAAGGGACCAUCUUCUGGCUCGUCGAAUACUGAAGGAUCUUUUGUACCCCCGCGUCCACCUUCGUCUCAGGGUAACCGUCCUCAGUCCCCUCAUUGGGCUCGCGCACGGAGCCGCGAUUCGCCCAAACGAAGACCAAACGAGGAAGAUCUACCAAUACGUGCUCAGCGCAGCCGGGAACAGAUGAGCAGACCCUCUACCGCGCAGUCGGGCAAAAGUGGUCCCCCUCCAUUUGCACCGCCCCAACAUCCUCCACCAGUGCUCCCAGUUGACCAAGGGGAUCGGCCACCUCCGCGUGCAAUGGAGCGGCUCGCCGGCGAUCCAAAGACACCGAAGAUCGCUCCGGUAUCACCGUUGGAACCUAAGAUUAGGGAAAUUCCUAGCAGCUUGAGAACGGCACACUCAAGGGAGAAUAUUAGUAAAGAGGCUGAGGAAGUCAACUUAUCCAGCGUCCAGACGGAGCCCCGUCCACCGUCGUCACGAAGCGGGAAAAUGGUACCUGAACCUCGUCCUAUCGUACGUAGCGAGAACUCGAGCUCCAGUAUACCCGAGGCUAGACGACUCAAUGAUGACAUUGUUCCGGGCCUUGCUCCAAGCGAGCUGCGAGUGAAAGAACCAAAGCGAGGUUCUGAAACGCCAUCGUCCACAUCCAAGGGACAACCGACGUCACUUGCAGGAGACCAAUUGAGCAGCUCAAACAAUCUGCAACUUGCCGAUGUACCACCAGGGCUGUUGGCAGGUUUACCCGCAAGUAACAAUGCCACUAGUGCCAAGCCUGUCGAGACACCGCAACAAGUUUCGGAGAGAGAAGAGCCAGAAGAACCUGUCGCGGAGAGCAAGGCACCUUCAUCUCCUAUUAGCCCCCCAGAAGCCCUUCAGGAGAACGAUGAAGAUGACCCCGACGCUCAUCGGCCUGGCCUCGGACCUAUGAUUAAAAAGAAGUCAAACAAAGAUGUGGCGGGCGCGUUCCGCAAAGCUGCCAAUGCAUAUGGGGCGUUCAAACCACGAAGCGGAGGCGCCGGCGCAAGACUUUUAGCUGCCGCGAAGAAACAGGCUGCCUCAGAGGGACCUGAUGGGAUCACCAGUGUCGUGCCUGCGCCAUCCCUUGUUCGAAGAGUAGAAGAACCGGCGAAGACGACGACUGAAGAGCGCCCUGAGGAAACGGCUACUGUGCCUCCGGUGUCAGAGACCCCAGAAAUCCCGUCGACGGAUGCGCCGCCUGUACCUGCGCCGCCUGUACCUGCGCCAACCGUACCGGAACCAAACAUACAGGAGCCUCCCAGGGUUGAGAUUACGGAAGCUGUUGCUGAUGCUACCGUAGCACCUUCACUAGAUGCCCCUAAAAAUAUGCCAGAAGCAGUAGCUGUCCGAGCAGAUGAAAGGUCACGUUCCGUAUCUCCCUCUCCGCGGGAUCGUCGGCGCAGGCGUCAUGAAGAUAACACUGUCAAAUAUUGUCAAGCACUCGGGCUCGAUCCAAAAGUCCUUGGAGAUCGCGGAGUGGAAUUUGAUGAUAUUCUGACCGACCUUGGCUGGAACGGCCGCCUCUCAGACGAGAAGAAAAUUGAAGACCUCGAAGCAGACGUUCGCCGAGAGAUUGGGCGCGUGGAGGCUACAAGCUGGCUUGGUAACCUUGAGCAACAAGAAGGCAAGGUCGACCAGCUUGCUAAACUCAUCGACAAGACUAUUGAAGAGUGUGAAGAGCUAGACAACCUACUCACGUUAUAUUCGCACGAACUCAAUACACUUCGCGACGACGUAUCAUAUAUUGAGACCCAAUCUCAAGGUUUACAGGUCCAGACGGCCAACCAGAAGCUUCUGCAUAGCGAGCUACAGACCCUGUUGAAGACGCUUUCUAUAUCUGUAAACGAUCUGCAACCUUUGAAAGAGGCAUCGCUUAGCAAUAUUGACGGGUUAAGAGAAACCGAGCUUGCGCUUUCUACUCUAUACAAAGCUAUGUUGACAAUCGACCCCGAUAUCUGGCAUAACAAAAAACGUCUGGAUGCUGCUGGAGGACAUGGUACCGUGGGAGUGUACGCCGACACUGAGAUCGGUCAAAUGCGUGCUAUCAAGGACAAAAAGGAGGAGUAUCGAUUCUAUUCGUCAUCAUUUCUUCAACGGCUCAGACAGUUCAUGGGCAUCGCCUAUCAAGUAGCGGCACAGAAGCGGGCUGAUGCGGCAGCUAAUUCGCAGAAGGAUCCGAUGAAGUUAGACGGCUCAGCAAGGGCUUACGCUCGUCGGGAAUUAUGGGUUUACAGUGCGUUGACCCUAUUUGCUAGGGAAGUAAGUGGGCCAGAGUGGCAGGGUUUGAUCACUCUAUACGAACAACAAGCCAAACAAUCAUACCAAGCUGAAUUCCGUGACAACAACAUGGCAUGGAAGCGAACGGCAAGGAAAAUGACGGGCGAAGAGCAGGAACUUCUUUUCACCCAUCAGGAUAAGGAAAAGGAAGCCGAGGGUAUAACAACGGCAGCGAGGAAGCUGACCGUCAGGAGGGGAAAGACUAUCAGAGCUGCAGCAGGGCUGAGGCUUCCCUCUGCUGAUAAGCAGCAUGGAAGGCUUGAACCUUUUGAAGUGUUUGCCGGCACUCUUCAGGAAACAGUGAAGAUGAUUUCAGAAGAGCAAAACUUCCUCGUGCGAUUUUUCCAUCUAACCUCUCUUUCAAAUACUGAUUUUGCGGAUAUUGUGGCUUCGGGAGCCCCGGACGAGCGUGCAGUUCCAGACUUUACCAUUAAACAAUCGCCCGAUCCAGAUCGAGGAAUGGCAAAGAAAGUGGAACAGGCUAUGGACGAACUAUAUUCGUUCUGGCCAAUGGAUAUGCAAAAUCUUGUGGAUUGGUCCAUCAAAGCAGACCCUCUACAAGGCAUUGGUAUCUUGUUCGCCAUUGAAAAGACAAUUGCGGACUUUGAUGAUACCAACCAGGAUUUCAUCAUUCACUCUCUCCAGAAACUGCAUUCUCGUUUGAUUGGUCUUUUCAAUCGGUUCGUCGACGAACAAAUCCGUGGCAUUGAAGAGACUAAGGUCAAAAUCAACAAACGAAAGGGCGUCAUAUCGUUCAUGAGAAUUUUCCCGAACUUUUCUGUCGCGGUCGAGAACAUGCUUUCCGACCCGUCAUCAGAGUUCUACGACAUCCGUCUAAACGUCAACGAAGCAUAUGAUCGCAUAAACCGGGCGAUGUGGGAGUCAUUGAAAUUUAUCGCAAAGGAAGCUCCAGGCCAAUCCGCAACGGUAGCGGCGGCCGCUGGCUCUGGUGAUCCGGAGGACAAGGAGAUACUGAACUAUCAUAUUCUCUUGAUUGAAAACAUGAAUCAUUAUAUUGAGGAGGUCGAUAUUCGAAAUCUACCAGUAUUGGAGCGGUGGCGCAAUCGAGCCCAAGAGGACAUGAGGGAACACAUGAGGCUUUACUUGGACUCCGUGAUUUACCGACCACUUGGGAAAUUGCUCGAGUUUGUCGACUCGGUUGAAGGUCUGGCUGCUACGACCAGCAACCCCACCGAUAUUGCCAGCCGUCCUAGUCAUUCACGCUCAGUAGCGAAAAGAGUGCUGGCUGCCUACGACGCAAAAGAGAUACGGCGUGGUAUUGAAAUGCUCAAGAAGCGAGUCGAAAAGCACUUUGGCGAUGCGGAUGAUCCUGGACUCAGCCGCAGUCUGGUAAUCAAAGUGCUUCGGGAAUGUGAAAGUCGUUAUGAGCAGGCCUAUGACCGAACGCAACAUGUGAUCCGUGCAGUAUAUGAAGGUCAGCUUGAGCUUGAGUGGCGCAAAGAGGAUGUUGCCGCUACGUUUAGGAAAUGAUAAUGUAUCUUUCUAUGUCUAUCCGUCCCAACCGGUAUCCUCCUGCGCUAUUAUUCUACUAUGCAGGUUUCAUAGAAUGGCGCUUGCUUGGAUUCUCAUUGAAUAUGUUUAGCAAUCCAUCACCUUUUAUCUACUAUUUCAGCGACAAAUGUAGUUUUGAGAUGCCUACGAUAUGCCCAAACAGGGAGCAUCGACAGUAGAAA